AUGGACGCCGGCCCAGUGGACAUCUGCGAUCUCUCGCCCGUGCCCAUGCUGGUCGUCUCGCCAACAUUCCGCAUCCAGCGGGUGUCCAAGGGCGUUGUCAACGCGUGGAAUCGCGGCCGGGACGAGUUCCUGGGCAAGGAUCUCUUCACCGCUCUGUACGGAGGCUCGCCGCUGGAGCGCUUCGACCGAAUCCCCCUUGCCCGCGCCAUCGAAGAGGCGGUUGCCGCCCGCAACUUUCGAUACUGCUACGCCGUAUACACCGCGCGCGGAGUGGCCUGGUCGGCGCGAAUCAUCCCGAUAUUCAGAGGAGACGAAAUGCUGUCGCUAGUCCUCGAUUGGGACCAAGUCGAGUCCAAGACGGCCGAGGUUGGCGGCGAGGUCAUCCAGAACGCACUGUCCGUCGACGAGGUCUACCGCCUUCUCAUCCAGACGGUCAAGGAUUAUGCCAUCUUUCUGCUUGAUACCCGUGGCUACGUGGCGACCUGGAAUACGGGAGCUGAGCUGCUCAAAGGCUACAAGAGGGAGGAGAUUGUUGGAAAGCACUUCUCUACAUUCUAUGGCGAGGACGAUCUAUCCGCCGGCAAGCCUGAGAGCGAGCUUCUAACCUGUCUGCGCGAGGGCAGGGUGCAGGAUGAAGGCUGGCGCUAUCGCAAAGACGGCAGCCGCUUCUGGGCCAAUGUCAUUAUCACGGCCAUCUAUAGAAACGGGGUCCAUGUCGGCUUUGGCAAGGUCACUAGAGAUCUGACGGAGCGCAGAGAGGGCGAGCUGAGACUCAUCGCCGCGUACGAGGAGAGCGCAAAGCUCAAAAACGACUUCCUCGCCAACAUGAGCCACGAGAUUCGAACUCCCAUGCACGGCAUGCUAUCCGCCUGCACUCUCCUCCUCGACACCGGCUUAACCGAGGACCAGCGCGAGACGGCCAACAUCAUUUCGGAAUCGGGCCAGGUUUUACUGCAAGUCAUCAACGGCAUUCUCGACUAUUCCAAGCUAGCAUCGGGCAACUUUUCCGUCAACACAGAUUUGGUUGGCGUCGCGAAUAUCAUCUCGUCCGUGGUAAAGAAUGUACAGGUGACACUGGUUCCAGGAGUCUACAUCAAACUCAUCUUGGCGCCGGAUUUGCCCAAGUCUGCUCAAGGAGACCCGCUUCGCUUCCGGCAGAUCUUCCAGAAUAUCAUCGACAACGCUGUCAAAUUUACCGAAAAAGGAUCCGUGCAGGUUGACGCCUCCAUAGCUGCUGAAGACGAAACAUCGUACACGAUUCUCACCGAGGUCACUGAUAGCGGAAUCGGCGUGCCUGAGGAUGCCGUUCAAAACCUGUUUAAGCCGUUCACACAACUCGAGAAACCCACUAAAAAACGAUUUCAGGGAACCGGAUUAGGCUUGUCCAUAGCCAAGUCUCUGGCCGAAUUAUUAGGUGGCCAGAUGGGCUAUCGGCCAAACCUCGAGCGUAACGGCAGCGUAUUUUGGUUUACAGUCAAGCUGAAGAAAAUCGCAAACGUUGACCAACUCGACACCCCUGAUCUUGAUCAAGAAGCCGCAAAGUCUCAACAGGAAUUCGAGAAAGAGAGGAUGCUACGUCGGAUCAGGGAGAUGGCACCGCACAAGCGGAUUCUCGCUGCAGAGGACAACCUUGUCAACCAAAAGGUGCUGGGUCGUGUUCUAAACUCACUUGGCUUUCAAAAUUUUACCAUUGCCUCUAACGGAGCUGAGGCUGUUUCCCUAUUGAGUGCUGCGCCAAAGGCUUACGACCUAGUCCUUAUGGACAUCAGCAUGCCGGUCAUGGAUGGCUUCGAGGCCACUGGAAAAAUCCGGACUUAUGGCAUCCCAAUUCCAAUCAUAGCCAUGACGGCUUAUGCCCUCAGGGGAGACAAUGAAACUUGUUUAGAAAAGGGCAUGGAUGAUUACAUUUCGAAACCGGUCAACAUCAACAAACUACUACAAAAGCUCCUUGUCUGGCUGGACUCGCCUGAAUGGUCUAAAAAUGGAACCAGUGACCCAACUUAG